AUGGUAAACAUAUAAUAAGAAAACGCUGGCGGGAACAUUAAUGAGAAUCAGUCAUUAGUUUUUUUGGUUAUCAACUGUUUAUUGUUUCUGCAGACUGUGUCUCAGCCCAGUCAUUUCUGUUUGUUACAGUAAUCUGUGUAUGCUGUAUGAGUAGUGCCUGCUCAGAGGCCUGAGGUGAAGGUGGAGCGAGAUGUGUAGAGGGUCGUCCCUGCUGCUGUUCCCUGGGCUGUGACAGUUCACCCAGGGUCAUGUGAUGUGGCUGGCUUCUGUGAAAAUCGAGGUUGAGCUGAGAAGGAGCAGACCAGAGAGUCAAUGAAACCACGUGACCUCUGACUGACUGAGAGAGACACGGCUGCAUAUGGUUGAACCACACACACACACACACCACACAAGCGCACACACAUGCACGAGACACGCGCACGCACACACACACACACACACACACACACACACACACACACACACACACACACACACACUAAACAUGAUAGGCUAAAUAUGACAUUCAGUUAACCCACAGGAGUCAAUGUAGCUCAAAAGAUCUGUUGUGUACAUGUCAGUAAAGAAUGUCAUAAUGUCAUUUCUCUCAGUCUGAUCUGAGUAUGGAUUGACUGGACGGUUUAUUUAAAUAUUUACGGCUGCUGCUUACAGUGAAGAAAAUGACUGGUCCUAAGAUGAGUGUAAUGUAGUCAUAUUCACUUUGAAAUUACCUUGUCAUGAAAGCAACAGAGCGAGGGUGAGAGAGACAGACGGACAUAAGAGUGUCUUAAAGAUUGUUUUGGAUCCUAAUAUCACAGUUUUUGAUGAAACGAGAGAGACAGACAUACGGCAGUGGAAAGAAAGGGGGAGGAAGAGGGUAAGUUUAGGGUUUUAAGCGGCAUGGUGGUUCAGAGUGAACUAGGGGGGUCGUCAGAGAGAUAGAGAAAGGAGUCUUUUGAAAUGGCAGUUUCCCUUAUGACUCAUCUUUUGAAUAAUACUCUGCCACACUCUGAUCCCCAGUUCAGUCACACAGUCAGAGGGUCCAGGGUCACAUCUAUCUCAUUCUCUCAUCCUCUCUGAGACACGGUAAGUCAGGCUCUACACUUCCUUACCGAAACAAGUUUUGUUCAGGUUUGUCGUUAGAGUCCUGGGCUUGUUUGUUGUAUCUAUAAUGGCAUACAGUUGGACGUGUUUGUGUCAUUGGUUUUGGUACCGCUUAGUUUUGAACUGUCAGCAUGUAGAUGUUUUGUCUGGAGUCUGUAUCAUGUAUUCUACUUUAGGUGGUCUCCUGUUUGUCAUGUCCUUGAAAAACUGUCUCUUAUAGCUAGUGUUAGGGGCCUACGAUAAUGUCCUGCCAUUGCAAUGCUUUAUCUCUUGAUAAUAUAUUGUUGGAUGAUAUCUUUAUGAAUGCGGUAUACACUGAGUGUACAAAACAUUAGGAACACCUGCUCUUGACAUAGACUGACCAAGUAAGUCCAGGUGAAAGCUAUGAUCCCUUAUUGAUGUCACAUGUUAUAUCCACUUCAAUCAGUAUAGAUGAAGGGGAGGAGACAGGUUACAGAAGGAUUUUGAAUCCUUGAGACAAUUGAGACAUGGAUUGUGUAUGUGUGCCAUUUAGAGGGUGAAUGGGCCAGACAAAAUAUUUAAGUGCCUUUGAAUGGGGUAUGGUAGUAGGUGCCAGGCACACCGAUUUGAGUGUGUCAAGAACUACAACGCUGCUGGGUUUUUCAAACUCAACAGUUUCCGGUGUGUAUCAAGAAUGGUCCACCACCCAAAGGACAUCCAGCGAACUUGACACAACUGUGGGAAGCAUUGGAGUCAACAUGGGCCAGCAUCCCUGUGGAACGCUUUCGACACCUUGUAGAGUUCAUGCCAUGAUGAAUUAAGACUAUUCUGAGGGCAUAAGUGGGUGCAACUCAAUAUUAGGGAGGUGUUCCUAAUGUUUUGUACACUUAGUGUAUGUCAAUGUUCUGAAGGUCUUGUAAAAUGUCUGUUAAAUAUUGACUGUCUUCCUCUUUUCUCUUCAUCCCUCUCAGAUGUAUCUCUUCUGGUGGAUCACCCACAUCUUUCUAUCCCUCCCUUCUCUCCUCUCUCUGGUCCAAUCCCUCACGUGCAACAAGGAGACACAGUAUGCUUGGCCACAGUCAGUAAGCCAAUGGUGCUGCAACAAGUGUCCACCAGGUAAGCCAUUCGAAAAAUACUUUUAUCAGGUGUAUGUGUGUGUGUGUGUGUAUGUGUGUGUAAUUUACUGUGUUGCUCUUUGCAGGUCAGUAUAUGGUGAGACGCUGCACUGGUCAGAACAGCCCAACCCAGUGUGAUGACUGCAGCAACGGCUACUACUCAGACAGCUACAACAUCGACAGCAGCUGCAAAUCCUGCAAUGGCUGCAGCAUGAGUGGUGAGUGUGAGUGUGAGUGUGUGUGUGUGUGUGUGUGUGUGUCUACACAUCUACACAUUUCCACCAACCUAUGAUUGGCACUGAUGCUGGUCUUGUCUGGCUGUCUAAAACUGUUACUCACCUGUUUUUCUAAGUCAUAGUUAUGAAGGACUUUGCACAUGAAAACACAUAGCCUGCUAGGGAUUUCCCCCUUCACUGUACCAUGGUGGGACACAGUCAGAGAGAGAGGGGCAAUGGGAGGGGCCACUGAGAAACACUGACUCACCCACCCAGGAGGAGAGGAGGGUUGGGGGGCCUGGAGGGCAGAAGGGAGGCAUGUCUACCAAGUAAUGUCAAGGAUAUCAGUGGUGAUGGGGGGGAUAGUGGGAGGGGUUAGUGGUAGACAGAUAGAUACCAUCUCACCGGUGGAAAUAACCUUUUUACUUUAGAGAUAAACAUCGGAAAGUGCAGCAAACAGAAAUUCAUAUUUUCAUUAUAUGUUGUCAUUGUCACGCCCUGGCUCUGGGACUCUGUUAUGUUGAGCCAGGGUGUGUGGUUUCUAUGUGUUUUGUGUGCUAGGGUGAUUAUCUAGUUCAUUUGUUUCUAUGUUGGCCGGUGUGGUUCUCAAUCAGAGGCAACGUGUAUCAGCUGUUGCUUGUUGUCUCUGAUUGGGAACCAUACUUAGGCAGCCUGUUUUUCACAGUGUGUUGUGGGAUCUUGUUCCGUGUAUGGUUUGUGUAGGUAACCAAGGACUUCACGUUAUCGUUUUGUUGUUUUGUUUCGUGUGGUGAAAUAAAUAAAGUAUGGUCCACUUCCUCCAACGAUCGUGACAGUCAUCGAGUGUGGCGGGGACCAAAAACAGAGACUAUCUAACUAUUUUUAAAUAUCAACCUGCAAACAGAGGGAAAACACAGAGGUGGGAGAGGUUUGAGAGUAGCCACAAACUCACGGUGAACACAUGUUUUAACUGUCAAUCACUCUAGUGAAAUGGCUGCUGUGUGUGUGUGUGUGUGUGUGUGUGAGAGAGAGAAGGGUGGGGUCAGACGGUAAUAUACACUUCAGUUCGUUGUGAGUCAAAACCUGAUUCAACAAGGUCCUAUGAGUCAUUUUGAAGAUGAGAUUUUCUCAUAUUCAGGCAUGAUUUUAGGUUGUGUGUUUGACUACAUGAAUCAAACAGUAUGUCAAAGUCAGUAUACAUGAAGGCACACAAACGAAUAGUCCACUAAUGAGUUGUGUUCCUGUGUGUUAUGUUACAGAGCUGCAGCAUGUAUCUCACUGUUCGAAAAAGAGUAAUGAUGUGUGCAGCUGUAAACUAGGCUACCGCUGCAGAGGCAGUGGCACGUGUCUGGACUGUGAGAAGAACCCCAGCCCGACCAGAACCAAACACAUAAUAACACCUCCCAUCAUGCCAGCUACAGUGUCAAACCACUCGGUGCCUGACAUCCCUAACGAUAGAGCUGAACCUGUCACCGAACCUGGUACUGGGCCCAACACAAAACCAAACCAAGGUAAACUACAAUACAAUACAAUGGAUACAAAUGAUGAAAAUGUUCAAAGUUACAUGUAAAAAUGCCAUGAGAGCCAAACAGAAAUUAGUCCUCUCUCUCAGAAAGGUGUUCAUGUGUACGGCCCUGACCCCUCUCUCUCUCUCUCUCCACUCCCCUCUCUCAUACACGCACAAACAGAUGAUAGCAAGUGGCUCCCGGUGUGCGUGACUGCAGUGUGUGUGUGUGUACUGCUCACCUGCCUUGUUGCCAUCUCAAAGCUCAAACCUGUUCUGCGAUGGAUUGGUUCAACAAACAGUAAGUCCACGUCACUGUUCAUCUGUCCUGUAGUUCUAUUGAACACAAUACAUAUGCACGCACAUUUGACCUAACCCUCAUCUUAUUGGUCCAUCAGGCUUCUGGUCUUCCAAAAAGAUGACUCCAGCCAAUCAGAGCACAGCGGAAGAGAAAGUGCCUAUGCCGGUCCAGGAAGUGUGUGGAAAGCCAGAGCUGCUACUGGACGUAUGA